AUGACUAAUAAAAAAGCAUUACCAGUUCCAAAUUUUGGUAGUGACUUUUGCAUUAGUUACCAUAAUUCUUUGUUACAGAAGAGGAGAAUUAUGGAAGUGUUACCACCCUCCGAUGGCAACGGAUCUUCAACCGAAGAAGAGCCUUUACCUCAGGAUGCAGAUUAUAAUCUUAGUCUCAGCGACGAGCUAGAGACAUUGAUCUUGGCGAGAUUUCCAAGAUCACAACACUGGAAACUAUGUUUUCUAAACAAAAGAUUCUUGAGUCUUAUGAAAAGUGGAGAGAUAUACAAAAUAAGGAAAGAGUUAGGACUCAAAGAACCAUCUGUUUUCAUGUUAGCUAGCGGCGAAAGCAAUUGGUGGGGUAUGGAUUGGCCUUUCAUCUCAAGCAGGAAGUUACCAAGGAUUCAAUCAGAUUACAGCUUUGAGUUUGGUGAUAAGGAAUCCUUUUGUGCAGGGUCGCAGUUAUUGGUUUCGGGCAAAGAAAUCGAUGGUGCUGUUAUUUGGAGAUAUGAUUCAGAAACUAAUGAAUGGUUUAAAGGUCCAUUCAUGAUUAAUCCAAGGUGUCUUUUUGCUUCGGCUAGUUCUGGUAAUUUCGCUUUCAUCGCAGGAGGUUUAGAAACAAACAGUUAUAGCGAAAUAUUGGAUACUGCUGAGAAAUAUGAUUCCAAAACCAAAAUUUGGAAGCCUUUGCCAAAGAUGAAUCAGAAGAGAAAAUUCUGUUCUGGUUGUUUCAUGGACAAGAGAUUCUAUGUUAUUGGUGGACAAGAUGAGAAUCGAAAGGAUCUAACUUGUGGCGAGUUUUUCGACGAAAAGACAGACACGUGGAACUUGAUUCCUGAUAUGUUGAAAGAUAUUCCCGUUUUGGAUUCGCAGUCUCCACCUCUUAUAGCUGUUGUUAAUAAUGAGCUUUACACACUUGAUGCUUCUUCUAAUGAGUUGAAAGUUUAUGUCAAAAGGAUCAAUAAGUGGAAGAAAUUAGGUGUUGUUCCUGUGAGAGCCGAUGAACAAGGUGGUUGGGGCGUCGCUUUUAAGUCGCUCGGUGAUGAGUUGCUUGUUAUUGGCGCGCCUGCAGUCUCACAUAAUGAACGCGUCUUGGCAAUUUAUACUUGUUGUCCUGAUCCUGAUGGUGAGAAAUUGAAGUGGAAGCAAAUUGAAUGUGGGAGUGUUCAGCUUAAUCAUUUCAUUAGAAAUUGUGCUGUGAUGAUGGGGAGUACUUGA